GGUCAAUAGUCAGCAGUCAUGCCAUCUGCAAGCGACAUUGUCACGCUAAUCAGCUCGCUCGUAUUGCGAGGGAGCAUCUAUGUGUUUCUGAGAUGGAUUCCUACCACGGCCGUUCCGCCGCUUGCAGCAGCACUGGCGCUCAUCUACAUCCCCUCCUUCUUCAGCAGCUUCCAGGACACGGCCCAGUACCAGGUCAUAUCUGACGAACUCGACAUCAUUGUAAAGGAAACCGUGUCGCGUGACGAUGACAGCGAGGAGGUAGAGCUCAUCGACGGCGCCGAGGAUGGGCCGCUGGAAGAGCUGGAUGUGCAGGAGACGGUACUCUACGAGGAGCGCGAGCCCAAGAUCUUGAGGACGCUGCUGACCGGACUUCCGAGCCCCUCAUCAGCCUUCUGGAGCUGGGUCACGUUCGGCAUCAACAUGGCUUUGCUGGCCAUGACGCUCGACGUCGUCUACCGCGCUCCGCUUCUCCACCCGUGCCACGACGCGUCGUUCGGACGCGUCGGGUACGUGUCGGACCACAGCGCGAACAUCCUGGUGAGAGAGCCAUAUGCCUUCGACGUCAAGGUCCUCUACAGGUCGCUCGACGAGCCGGAUCGCUCCUGGAUGCACACAACACUGCAUGCAAGCCAGCCGGAUGAGUGGUUGACACGUGAGACCGACUUCACCACUGUCAUGAGCCUCGACCGUCUGCGUUCUGACACGCCGUACGAAUAUGUCAUCGAGACGUCUAGCGGAAACAAGACGGGUACCUUCACGACUGCGCCGCGGCCCGGACGCUUGUCUCUGCUCAAGGAGAACAAAUACACGUUUGUGCACUCGAGCUGCAUCAAGCCACGCGUGCCUUACACGCCCUUUCAACACCCACUCGAGUUCCCCGGCAUGAAGCAUCUAGCCAAAUGGUUACCUGAGCUCAAGCCUUACUUUAUGCUUUUCCUCGGCGACUUCAUCUACGUAGACGUUCCACACCGCCAAGGAAAAGAUGCGGAGACGUACAGACGUGAGUAUCGCCAAGUUUACUCAUCGCCGUCCUGGCCCGCGGUCAGCAACAAUUUGCCCUGGAUCCAUGUCAUCGACGACCACGAGAUCCAGAACGACUGGAGUGGGAAUAUGACCGGUGUCGCUGUUCCCGCCUACGAUGCCUUCCACCACUACAACGCAGCCCCCAAUCCACCUCCACACCGCAAAGGCCACACCUACUUCUCCUUUACGCAAGGUCCAGCCGAUUUCUUCCUCCUUGACACGAGGCGCUACCGCAGUCCUGAGACAAGUGACCCCAACGACGAAUCGAAGACGAUGCUUGGUGAACAACAGCUCUCGGAUCUGCUGGCGUGGAUUCACAAAACGCCGCCGCAGGGUGUACAUUGGAAGAUUAUUGUAACCGGCAUCCCCUUCACCAAGAACUGGCAAUUUGGCUCUGAAGACACAUGGGGCGGUUACCUACACGAGCGCCGUAGGAUCCUCGAAGCUAGCUGGGACCUUUCGUCAUCGUCGGAUAUUGGCGUUGUUCUCCUUAGUGGAGAUCGCCACGAGUUUGCCGCUACCGCGUUCCCGCCGCCCAAAAACUCCAAAUGGCCGGUAAGCGCGACGGUGCAUGAGUUCAGCACGAGCCCGUUGAGCAUGUUUUACCUACCGGUGAGGACGUACAAGGAGAUUGAUGACGAGGAUGUGUGCAUCAAGUACUUGCCUGAUGGGAACAGCAAAUUUGGCGCUGUGGAGGUAACGACCCCGCAGCAUGGCGAGCAGAGUUUUCUGAAUUACCGGCUGUUUGUUGAUGGGAGAGAGGUGUGGACGCACGUCAUCUCUACGCCACCCGUGAGGGAAGGCAGUCAAAGAGCGAGGGAUGCCGUUUGGGGAUAGAGUGUAUUCACGGCAGGAAUCAGAUUGAAAUCAGGUGCUUAACAAGACGAGAAAUUGCUUUAGGGUGGCGCACGGGAUAUAUCAGGAGUAAGUGGGUAGUUUGCACGGCUGCUGCAACCCGACCAUGGGAAUAUCUAGCGUUUGAGGAAUUGUCACCGGACAGAAAGAAUCUAUUCACAACAGAAUGGAAUGGCAGGACUUGCAGAGGACUUGUCAAGUUUGAAUCAUGCAGUGUUUGAAAUGUGCUGUAUGACUCCAUUGUACUUUGACAAAGCUA